AUGGCUACCCCUAGUGUCCUCAGUUUUGACGCUGAGGGUCGGGCCAUUGAACAUGACGUCUGGGUAGAUGACCUGCAGCUUUUCCUACAGUGCGAUAGGGCAGACGGUCUCUCCCUCUUUGACCUCACCUCUGGUGCCUCCCCUGCCCCUGCUGCUGAUGCCGACGCCACUGUUCGCUCACAGUGGGCCACACGCGAUGCUGUUGCACGUCUUGCUGUGCGUCGCCACCUGCCUACCUCUGAGCGUGCGCACUUUAGUCAGUACAAGAGUGCUCAGACCUUGUACGAGGCUGUAGUUGCACGCUACUCCUCCCCUGCCACUGCUGCACUGAGCCGCCUCAUGCUACCGUACCUCUUCCCUGACCUUGCUGCCUUUCCCACAGUCGCUGACCUCAUUACGCACCUCCGCACUAGUGACACUCGCUACCGCGCUGCGCUUCCUGCUGAGGGUGUUCCCCCUCCCCCCUUUUGCCCUCUGUUGCCUCUGCUGCUGCGGCUGACCUCGUUGGGCUUGAGUCGGUCGGUGCGGCGUCUACCCCUAGCGGGAGACGCUGCCCUGGCAAGGGCAAGGGGGGCAGGGGCGCUGGAGGAGCUAGCGUGGGCGGUGGAGGAGGCGGUGGAGGCGGUGGAGGGGGUGGGGGUGGCGGUGGGGGUGGUGGCGGGGGUGGAGGUGUCGGUGGCGGCAGUGGAGGCGGAGGCGGCGGCGGCGGUGGCGGUGGGAGCGGAGGUGGCGGAGGUGUCGGAAAAUAUAAUUUAA